UGGACCGACAAGCUAGCUUUUUUGUUUUGAGUAAUAAUCCAAUUGCAUCAGGAAAUUCAAAGCUGAGAGACUGAGAGAUACAAUGCCGGCAUUGGAGUCCAGACUAACUCAAAUUAUCUCCGCGUGAAAUCAAUGCAUCUAACCUACUUCUUCAACUGUAAAAGCUAAAAACAUUAUCACCUGCCUUGUCUUUUGAUGAUUUAAUAAUCUUCUCUCUCUCUAUAUAUAUGCUUACCUGUUAGCAUUUAUAUUACUCACCCGGUAUGCUAUCAUUUCCAUAAUCUUACUCUCACACACAUUUCCAUCAUUCUUUCUUUUUACGAUCAGCUGUAAUUUGAUACUUACAAUUUGCUAGUAAUAUGGAGAGAUGGUAUGGGGUGUUUUUGGUUUUGAGUUUGUGCAUCGGGGUUAGAGGAGCACCUCAAGUUCCUUGUUACUUUAUUUUUGGAGAUUCACUGGUGGAUAAUGGGAAUAAUAAUCAACUAUCUUCAUUGGCUAGAGCUGAUUACUUGCCUUAUGGGAUUGACUUCCCAAAUGGACCGACCGGAAGGUUUUCUAAUGGUAAAACUACAGUCGAUGUCAUAGGUCAGCUUUUGGGCUUUGACAAUUACAUUCCUCCUUACUCAACUGCAAGAGGCAGACAAAUACUCGGAGGAGUGAAUUAUGCAUCCGCGGCUGCCGGAAUCAGAGAAGAGACUGGACAGCAACUGGGAGCUCGGAUCAGCUUUAGCGGGCAAGUGAGAAAUUACCAGCAAACAGUUUCACAAGUGGUAAACUUGCUAGGGAAUGAAGAUACAGCAGCAAAUUAUUUAAGCAAGUGUAUUUACUCAAUUGGAAUGGGCAGCAAUGAUUACCUUAACAACUAUUUCAUGCCUCUUUAUUACUCAACAAGCAGGCAAUAUAACACCGAGCAAUAUGCUAAUCUUCUUAUUCAACAAUACUCUCAGCAGCUUCAGGCUAUGUACAACUAUGGGGCAAGGAAGUUUGUGUUGAUUGGGUUGGGUCAGAUCGGAUGCAGUCCAAAUGAAUUGGCUCAAAAUAGCGGAGAUGGUAAAACUUGUGUGGAGAGAAUCAAUGCUGCCAACCGGAUUUUCAAUAACAAGCUUAGAGGUCUUGUUGAUCAAUUCAAUAACGCCAACUCUGAUGCAAAAUUUAUCUACAUUAAUGCUUAUGGAAUUUUCCAAGACAUGACAAGCAAUCCUGCAGCUUACGGUUUUAAGGUAACCAAUGCAGGGUGUUGUGGGGUGGGGAGGAACAAUGGGCAAAUAACCUGCUUGCCUUACCAAACUCCAUGUCAAAAUAGGGACGAGUAUUUGUUUUGGGAUGCUUUUCAUCCAACUGAGGCUGCAAAUGUGAUCAUUGGAAGGAGAUCAUACAGUGCUCAGUCUCCCUCGGACGCUUACCCCAUCGAUAUCCGCCGUCUUGCCCAGCUCUGAAGAAGGAGAUGAGGCUUUUAAUGGGAUAAUAAAUAAUAAAUUAUUCAUCUAAUCCACACUAUUUUUCUUUACUUCUAAAUUUUGCUACAAUCAUUAGUGUCAUUGUUCUAAGGGAUAUGGCAUUUAAUUAUAGGUUCAACUAUAUAUCAGAGUCUACAAAUGGGUGUAUCUUUGUGAAAGUAAUUAAUGUAUAAUUUUGGUUUUGUAUCAUCAGUACUUAUAAUGCUAAUGGCUUUUGGAUUUGCAACACCA